AUGUCUAGCUACCCAUAAGUAGGGUUGUUUGAUAACCAAUUAACUAAUUUAGAUUCUCUUUCUAAUGAUGUACAUCUUAUAUAGUAAACACUCCAUGGAUGGACCUCAAUUUUCAGUCAACUUAUGGAGAUUAGUAUUGAAACACAUAAACAAAAUCAGUCCAAUGUAAUGUAAAAUUAUUUAAAUACAGACUGCAUUACUUUAACAUUUGAUGGCUAAAAUGCAUCGUAGAUCCAAACAUUCUUAACCUAAGGACUAGAUUAAGCUAUCCCCCAUUAGACCCAUCAAGACUGAACCAGAUGAUAUCUUAAAACUUGAGAAUUUUUCUAAGAUCUUUAAUAAUCCUAAGAAGGUAUAUCAAACUGGGAAGUAUAAAGAUUUCGAUCAUGUAGUUGUAAGGGACACCAUUCGAUUCAGCUUAUGAAAGCUUAAAUAAGGAACUAGAAGAACCAACAAGAGAUGAGUAAUAUCUUUCUGUUCCUAAGUCUAUACAAUUACCUACUGAAUAAAAUAAGAAAAAAAAGAGUAAAUAAAUAGAUCUUCAUCCUCAGAGUACUAAAAAUUAAUAUGAAAACAAACAAUUUGCUUUUAAUAAACCCACUCAUUUAUAAGAUGUUAAAUCUAAUAAAGAAAAUAAUUUAAAUUAAUUGUCUAUUAAUAGACCAGAAUCUAAACGCAAUUUAGAUUGUCCUCAAUUAUCAACUGUACUUGAAGAAAAAUAAUCUGCAUUGAUAACUCCAAAUGAAAAUAAUUUUAAAUGUAAGAUUUAAAAAAAAUACUUAUUAGAUUCAAUUGCAUAAUCAUAUAGAUAAUACGAUUAAUGUAGCACUUCAAAGGCUUCAUAAAAUAGUUAAAGACCACCCAAUUAUUUAUAAUAAUAAUAGUUAUAAUCAGAAAAUAAUAGAUCUUCAUCAAAAUCUUGUUAUGGAGCUAAUAGUAAUCUCUAACAAUAGGUACUUACAAAUAACAUCAAUAUUAUGAAUUCACCAUAGAAUUUUUAAUUGAUACAAUAAUAAACAACUUAAAAUCAAUCUUAAAAUAAUUUGAUUAGUUCAAGCACAAAAAAUGUUAAAUAACAAAAUUCAUAGAAUAAUAAUGUUUCUAAUAAAUAGCCAAUUGAAAUAGUUAAUUAAGUAAUAAUUUUUAAAUAUAUUAAGAUUCCAAGUUAAAGAGCCAAAAGUUAUAGUGAAUAAAAUGGUAAAAAAUAGUUAAGCAAACGUUGUUUAGAUAUUGAUUUAUUAGAUAAAUAAUAUGAGACUAGUUAGGAGUUAAUUUGGAAGGUUUAGAAAAACAAGAAAUGA